UAUGUAACAACGGCGCUUAUCACUCGUCUGUCCGGAUCCCUGUCCCGCAACUAGGCUACACACUCGCCCCAGCGGCUGGUGAAUGUCCAGCCUAUAGAGAGCCUUAUGGUGGAGCUCCGGUAAUGGCUCACUACAACGCGACACCGGCGGGUUAUAUGUUCACCGACGAAAAGGAAUACCUUCAAGCAUAUGAGGAUGUCCUCGAAAAAUACAAAGAUGAAAGAGACAGAGUGCAGAAAAAGACUUUUACAAAAUGGAUAAACCAACAUCUCCUGAAGGUACGGAAGCAUGUAAAUGACCUGUAUGAAGACCUACGAGAUGGACAUAACCUGAUAUCACUGCUGGAGGUCCUGUCUGGCGAGUCAUUGCCUCGGGAAAAAGGGAGGAUGCGGUUCCACAGACUCCAGAAUGUACAGAUAGCACUGGACUACUUAAAGAGGCGGCAGGUCAAACUAGUCAACAUCAGGAAUGAUGACAUCACAGACGGGAAUCCCAAAUUGACACUGGGAUUGAUAUGGACCAUAAUUCUGCACUUUCAGAUCUCUGAAAUCCAUGUUUGCGGGGAGUCGGAGGACAUGACAGCCAAGGAGCGGCUGCUGAUGUGGUCCCAACAGAUGACAGAAGGCUACGUGGGUGUACGCUGUAACAACUUCACCACCUCCUGGAGGGACGGGAGGCUGUUCAAUGCCAUCAUUCACAAAUACAGACCUGAUCUGGUGGAUAUGGGCAGGGUGUCGGCCCAGACUAGCCGGUCAAACUUAGAACAGGCCUUUGGUGUGGCUGAACGGCUUGGGGUGGCAAGACUACUGGACCCUGAGGAUGUGGAUGUGCAGUCUCCUGAUGAGAAGUCAGUCAUCACAUACGUCUCCACACUGUAUGAUGUCUUCCCUAAAGUACCUGAUGGUGUUGACGGUAUCAAUGCAAAUGAUGUUGAUAUCAAAUGGGUAGAGUACCAGAACAUGGUGAAUUACCUGAGCCAGUGGAUCAAACACAACGUGGGAGUGAUGUCAGACAGAGCGUUCCCAAACAACCCAGUGGAACUCAAGGCACUUUAUACACAGUACUUGCAGUUUAAAGAGAAUGAAAUCCCGCUGAAAGAAACCGAGAAGAGCAAAAUCAAGCAUCUUUACAAAAUGCUUGAGGUGUGGAUGGAGUUUGGUCGUAUCCAGCUGCCUCAGGGGUUUCACCCCAACGAUGUGGAGAAGGAAUGGGGCAAGCUGAUCGUGGCCAUGCUGGAGAGAGAGAAGAGCCUGAGGCCUGAAGUGGACAGGCUUGAAAUGUUGCAGCAGAUUGCAACCAGGGUCCAGCGGGACUGUGUCACUGGAGAGGACAAACUAGCGUUAGCGCGAACUGCCCUGCAGUCUGAUGCUAAGAGAUUAGAGUCUGGGGUCCAGUUCCAGAAUGAAGCAGAGGUGUCUGGGUACCUUCUGGAAUGUGAGAACCACCUGAGACAGCAGGUGGUUGACAUCCAGAUUCUGCUGGACGGGAAGUUCCACUACUCCGAUCGGCUUGUUCAAAGGGUAUCCAAGCUCCGUGACGACCUGCUGGGGCUGAGGGCAGAGUGUUCCUCUGUGUACAGUCAAGGACGCACCCUGACCACCGAACAGACCAAGAUGAUGAUCUCAGACAUCACUCAGAGUCUCAACUCAGGCUUCUCUUCAUCGAACCACAACUCCAGCCUCACCCCAGCCCUCACCCCUGGAGGCCUGGGAACUCCCGGUUCCACCUUCACCUCCAGCUUUACCCCGGGCCUCACCCCUGGCCUGAGCCCUGCCAUGACCUCCGGCGGCAUGCAGCCCGGCUCAGUCCAGGCCUACAUGGGGGGCGGAGGAGGAGGCAUGGACACGGGAUCCCUCCAGCACCUCAAACACAUGCAGAUCCGCAAGCCCCUGGGCAAGUCCUCGCUAGUGGACCCCAACAUGACCGAGGAGGAGGUCAACAUGAACUUUGUGCAGGACCUGAUCAACUGGGUGGAGGAGAUGCAGGUGCAAUUGGAUCAUGGAGAUUGGGGAUCCGAUUUGCCAAGUGUGGAAACACAUUUAGAGAACCACAAAAGUGUUCACAGAGCCAUCGAAGAAUUUCAAAUGAGCCUUAAAGAAGCCAAACUUAGUGAGAUUCAGAUGACCCAAGCGCAAAAACUAAGAUAUUCUGAGAAGCUGGGCAAAUUAGAAAACCAGUAUGGGAAGUUACUGAAAUGUUCAUGGGAGCGUCAGAAGAACCUGGAGAGCCUGCAUGACUUUGUGUCGCGGGCCACCAUGGAACUAAUCUGGCUCAACGAGAAAGAGGAGGAGGAGGUCGCCUUCGACUGGAGCGAGCGCAACGGCAAAAUCUCCAAGAAGAGAGAGUACCACGCUGAUCUGAUGAGAGAGUUGGACGACAAGGAGAAGGUGAUCAAGUCUGUGCAGGAUAAUGCAGAGAACCUUCUGCAGGAGAACCACCCUGCCAGGCUAACUAUUGAAGCAUAUAGAGCAGCCAUGCAGACCCAGUGGAGUUGGAUCCUACAGCUCUGCUCUUGUGUGGAGCAGCACCUGAAAGACAACGCAGUCUAUUUUGAGUUUUUCAAUGAUGCCAAAGAGUCCAUGGACUACCUGAAGAGCCUACAAGGUGACAUCCAAAGAAAGUAUGGCUGUGAUCGGACAAGCAGCAUACACAAGCUGGAGGAUCACAUCCAGGAGUCCAUGGAUGAAAAGGAGCAGCUCCUCCAGUAUCGCAGCACAGUGGCUGGGUUGGUGGGCAAGGCCAAUGCCAUCGUCCAGCUCAAGCCCAGAUCCCCAGACACCCCUGUCAGGUCCUCCAUACCCGUCAAAGCCAUCUGUGACUACCGACAAAUAGAGAUCACCAUCUAUAAGGAUGAUGAGUGUGUCCUGGCCAGUAACUCUCACCGGGCCAAGUGGAAGGUGAUCAGUCCAUCUGGGAAUGAGGCCAUGGUACCCUCUGUCUGCUUCACUGUGCCUCCACCCAACAAGGAGUCUGUGGACCAGGCCAGCAGAAUUGAGCAGCUGUACCAGAAUGUCCUGGCUCUGUGGCACCACUCACACAUCAACAUGAAGAGCGUGGUCUCCUGGCACUACUUGAUGGCAGACGUCAGAGCCAUCCGCAAUUGGAACGUGUCCUCAAUUAAGACCAUGUUGCCAGGCGAGCACCAGCAGGUCCUUAGCAACCUGCAGUCCCACUUUGAGGACUUCCUGGAGGACAGCGAGGAGUCGGAGGUGUUCACGGUGGCAGACUGUUCCCAGCUAGAGAGGGAGGUGUUGGUCUGCAAGGAGUACUACGAGGAGCUGCUCAAGUCUGCAGAGAGAGAGGAACACGAGGAGUCUGUGUACAACCUGUAUAUCUCUGAGGUGCGUAACUUCCGCAUGCGUCUGGAGGCCCAGGAGGAGCACCUGAUCCGACAGAUCCGCACCCCACUGGACAGAGACGACCUGGAGCAGAGUGUCCUGCGCAUCACAGAGCAAGAGAAGAAGAAGGCAGAGCUGGAUCAGCUAAAGGAGGAUCUGGAGACCAUGAAGGAGAAGUGUGAGACGUUCCUCAGACAGGCCGCGGCCUCUCCCUCUGUCCCCACCCUCUCCUCUGACCUCUACGUCCUCAUCCAAAACAUGAGCCAGGUCUACUCUAUGUCCUCCAUCUACCUGGAGAAGCUAAAGACAGUGAGCUUGGUGGUGAGGCACAGCCAGAGUGCCGAGGCUCUAGUGAAGCUCUAUGAGGCCAAACUCUCUGAGGAAGACGCUGUGAACUCUGACCUGAGGUCCAUUGACACAGUCGUCAGCACACUCAAGCAAUGGCGCUCAGAGAUUGACGAACAGCGGGAGGUCUUCCAUGACCUGGAGGAUGGGCUGCAAAAGGCCCGUGGCAUCAGCGACCGCAUGUUCAAGGCCCACAACGAGCGGGACUUUGACCUGGACUGGCACAAAGAGAAGGCUGACCAGCUGGAAGAGAGGUGGCACAAUGUCCACUCCCAAAUUGACAGCAGACUUCGGGACCUGGAGGGCAUCGGUAAAUCUCUGAAGUACUACAAAGACUCCUACGGCAGUCUAAAUGAGUGGGUGGGAGAGAUGGAGGCUGCUCAGCUCAAGACCCAGGAGAACCAGCCAGAGGACAGCAAGGCACUCGCUGAGCUGCUCAACCAACAGAAGGUCCUCGUUGCAGAAAUGGAACAUAAGCAGAGCAGAAUUGAUGAAUGCCAAAAGUACUCAGAGCAGUACUCAUCUGGCGCUAAAGAUUAUGAGCUACAGCUGAUGACCUACAGAGCAAUGGUUGACUCCCAGCACAAGUCCCCACUCAAGAGACGGAGGAUGCAGAACUCUGCUGAUGCCAUCGCUCAGGAGUUCAUGGACCUCCGAACUCGCUACACGGCCGUAGUCACCUCCAUGACGCAGUAUGUAAAGUUUGCCAGUGAGACGUUGAAGAGAACAGAAGGCGAAGAGAGAUGUGUUGAUGAGGAGAAGAAAGAGCAUGGUGAUAAAGUUAGCAAGCUAUUGGGUUGGAUGUCCAGUGUGAAACCUGGCCAGAGCAAAGAUGGUAAAGCCAGCACAGAGGCCUCUAGUAAGCCCCAGGUUUCAAUGGAAGAAAUGGUAACAAAGAAAGAGCAAAUUGCAGAAGCACUGAGGACUACACAGCUGAUGCUAAGUAAACACAGUGACAAGAUGACUGAGGAGGAGAAGCAGGAAGCCAAGGAGCAGCUGAAAUCCCUCCACCAGGCCUUCAGUGAUCUCUCCCAGCAGUUUUCUGAUCAGACGCCAUCUACCGAGCAGGAGUUUCAAACCAUUGAGGGGGUUCUCAAAGUGGGAAGUGCAGAGGUCUACUCUGUGUUUAGGUCUGUUCAGAUCGGCCUGAUCGACCAUACCACUGGGCUCUGUCUCCUGGAGGCUCAGCUCAUCACCUCUGGCCUCGUUCUGCCUCAGUUCAGGAUGUGUCUGGAGCUGGACGAUGCUUUCCAUCACAACCUCAUUGACGAGCCCACCUGGAAGCAGCUCAGAGAGCUCAACGAAGCCAACCAGUGCAUCCUGAGCCCGCUGUUCUCCUCAGAACCUCUCCCUGUGAUAGCAGCGGUUAGAGAGGGGGCCAUCUCUGAGCGCCUGGCCAUGAAGGUUAUAGAGAUUCAGCUGGCUACAGGUGGGUUGAGGGUGUCCUACACGGGCGAUGUACUGACCCUGGAGAGGGCCUUUCAGUUUGGCCUGAUCCCUGCCCCUUUGUACGUCAAGCUCUUGGAAAGACAGGACACAUGGAAGGACCUGAUCAACCCCAGCACGGCAGAGAAGGUCUCGCUCACCCAGCUGGUGCAGAGGAGCGUGGCUGAUGAGGAGACUGGUCUGCGACUGCUGCUGGUGAAGAAAAGCCACUAUGGAAGCAUAGAGUUGACAUCUGGGAGGGAGAUUAGUGUACUUAGGGCAGUUCAUGAGGGGUUGAUUGACAGACAGACCACGUUGAGGUUGCUGGGGGCUCAGCUGUUUGCAGGCGGUAUCGUCGACCCCAAAACAGGCCGUAAGCUCACUGUAGAGGAAGCCCUGUCUGAAGGCUUGAUUGAUCAAGGCACUGCCACUGGGAUACUGAGCCAACAGGCCCAAAAUGGAGGCAUAGUGAACCCUCGGAAUGGCAAAAGGCUAACAGUGGAUGAGGCUGUUCAGUGUGAUUUGAUGAGCUCUAGUGGUGCACUCUUGGUGCUGGAGAAACAGAAGGGGUUCAUGGGACUAUUAUGGCCUCACUCUGGUGAAAUCUUGACCGUGUCCACCUCUCUGCAGCAUGAAAUCAUCACCAAUCAGCUGGCAUUCAAACUGCUCAGCAAUAGACAGAAUAUAGCUGCCCUUUACAUACCAGAAAACUCGGAAGUAGUGGAUAUUAACUCUGCUACUCAAAAUGGUUUCAUUGACACACAUACAGCAGAGGUGUUGAAAACCAUUGAAAUACCAGAUGUUUUUCCUGAUGUUGAUGAGCUUAAUGAGAGAUUUUCUAGCUGGCUGAUGUUGAGGGAGCUUCAGAUUGGAGGAUCCCAUCGCCCUACAGAUGAUAAUGAGAUUGAUGAUGAGAACAUAAAUACCCCAUCUCCCAUCGAGGCAAAACAGUUAUUCAUCUCAUACCUCAUGAUGAAUAGUUACAUGGAUCCUAAAUCAGGACAAAGGCUUUUAAUAUUCGAUGGACAGUUGACUAAAAUGGCUGAACUUUUAGUUGGCAUUUCAGUAGAGACAUCUGAAAACCAGCUACAAAACACUGCACUUGGUAAGGCCACUUUUGGGUAUAUUUCUUUGAAAGAAGAUAUUUCUGAAGAUUCAGUGAUGUCCUUUGAAAGCAAUACUGAGGAUUUUGGAUAUUUGCACAUUACCGAGGAAACAGAUGAAACAAUGAAAGAUCAUCAUGCUUCCGAUUUCUUCAGGGAGGAUAAGUCAAAUUUGAAUAAAUCUGACAAUAAUAAUGUGGUAAAGGUGCUAGCACAAGAUGGAACAGAGGAGUCUGCUUCAGCUAUUGACUGUGUAAACAAUACCACACAGCCGGAAUCUGAAAUAAGCAUCUAUCAAAAGAACACAAUCAGUAUAAAUCCCAUUGGAAUUGAUGUAGGAAACUCAGAUAAUCAACCAAAAGAGACUUUCAAUGGAAUUUCAGCCACACAAACUCCUCCCAAACCGUGCUCGGUGAAUGUCACAGGCAUGAGCUUGCCCUCAGGUGUACAGGUUGGCAAAAAGAUGCUAGCACAAGAUUUCACAGAGGAGUUAUCUGGCUCAGAUAAGAAUACCAGACAGCAUGAUUCUGAUACAAGUGUUUUGUCUUAUGGAAUUUAUCAAAAGAAUGCAAGCCCAUCACCCGUUGAAAUUGGUUUAGAAACCUCAGAUAUAGCUUUAUAUAAUCAACCAAAAGGAGAAUCAGCCACACAAGCCAUGUUGGAAAGCUCAACCCCUACUAAAUCAUGCUCAGUGAUUGGCAAAGACAUGAGCUUGCUAGCACAAUGUGUCAAAGAGGAAGCAUAUGUAGCUGUUCAUUCUGAAAUGAAUGCCAGACAAUAUGAUUCUAAAGCCAAUGUUUUGUCUAAUAGCAUUUAUCAACAGAACAGACACGGCACAAGCCCAUCGUCGUUUGAAAUUGAUGUAGAAACUUCAGAAAUAGCUUCAGAUCAUCAACCACAAGAGACUGUCAAUGGAGUUUCAGCCACACAAACUAUAUUGGAAAACUCAGCUCGUCCUAGAUUGUGCUUAGUGAAUGACACAGACAUGAGCCUGUCAUCAGGUGCCAAGGAUUCCAAAAGGGCGGUGGCACAAGGCCUCACAGUGGAAGCAUCUGUAGAGAUUAGCUCUAACAGUACAAGCCUAGCACUAAUUGAAAUUAAUUUAGAAACCCCUGAAAUAGCUUCAGAUAAUCAACCAAAAGAGACAGCCAAUGGAGGUUCAGCCACACAAACCAUUUUGGGAAGCUCAACUCCUAGAUCCUGCUCAGUUGAUUCUGAAACGACUAUCAGACAGCCUGAUUCUGAAGCAAGCGUUUCAAAGAAGAAGAAAAAGAAGAAGAAGAGGACAAACAACACAAGUCUAGUACCCUUUGAAAUUGAUGUAGAAACCUCACAUAUAUCUUCAGAUAAACCAAAAGAGACUUUCAAUGGAGGUUCAGCCACACAAACCAUUUUGAAAAGCGGAACUCCUCCUAGAUCAUGCUCUGUAAAUGACACAGAUAUUAGCUUGCCCUCAUGUGUACAGGACUCCAAAAGGGUGCUAGUACAAGGUUUUACAGAUAAAUCGUCUAGCUCUGAAAAUUAUACCAGACAGUCUGAUUCUGAAAGAAGUGUUUUGUGUGAUAGUAUCUAUCAAAAGAACACUAACAACACAAGCUCAGAACCAUUUGCAUUUAAUUUAAAAACCUCAGCUUCAGAUAAUCAACCAAAAGAGACUUUCACUUUCAAUGAAGGGUCAGCCACACAAAUCCUUUUGGAAAGGUCAACUCACCAAAGAUUGUGCUCGGUGAAUGACACAGACACAAGUUUCCCCUCAGCUGUGCAGGAUUCCAAAAGGAUGCCAGCAGAAAAUUCCAAAAGAGAGGAAGCGCACAGUUUCACAGACGAAUCUUCCAUAUCUAUUGACUCUGAAAAGAAUACCAGGCAGCAUGCGUCUGAAAUGGGUGUUUUGCCUGACAGAAUCUGUCAAAAAAACACAAUGAGUACAUGCCCAACACCAUUUAAAAUUGAUUCAGAAACAGAUGUUGCUUCAGAUAAUCAACCUAAAGGGAAUUUCAAUGGAGGUUCAGCCACACAAACCAUAUUAAAAACCUCUACUUUGUGCUCAGUGAAAGACACAAGCCUGAGCUUGCCCUCGGGAGCAAAGGAUUCCCCACAACGUCCCAAAUAUCCAGUUACACCUGGCUGUGAGACAGACAACAACACCAAAUCUGAAUCAUCUCCAUUGUCCACUUUAUUGGCAGACACCCUUGACAUGACCACAGAGUUUCCAUGCACUGAAGAAGAAGCAUGGGACAAUGAAGAUGAGAGAGGCUUUGCGAUCCACCUUCUCAGAGCCCAACUAGAGGAGGGUGGUAUUUUGGACAUCAUCUCUGGGAAACGCUAUGACCUUGAUGCAGCUCUUGAUAAGGGCCUUGUGGAUGAGGAGACUGUGUUAGAGGUGCUAGCAUUGCAGCUCCACAAGGGAGAGGUUUUAGGGGAUGAGAGAAGCACAGUGGCAACCCUGAAAGAAGCUGUGUCUAAAGGCUCCAUAUCCUCCCAGAUAGCCCUGCAGAUCAUGGAACAGCAGAGCCUGUUGGGUGGUGUAUAUGACUCCAAGUCUGGAUGCACUAUUAGUGUAAAUGAAGCACUGGAGUCAGGGUUGAUUGAUGAUGAUUUGGCUCAAAAGAUCCUUCACUCAGACCCAGUACACAACACAAUCAUCGACCCUAAUAGAAACUGCACGCACAGCAUUUCUUAUUCACAGAGUCUGGGCCUCAUAGACAACAACAAGGCUGAGAAUAUACGUCAACGUCAAACAGACAAAAAGGUGGCGGUUUUGGUCCUUGAUUCCCCUGAUGAGGACGUCAAUGGAGAAGAAGGUCAAGAGAAUAGGAAUAGACAUGCAGGGGAAGAUUUGGAUGCAGAAGGAAAAAGAGAACAGAACUGCGAUUCCCAGAAGUCCUUACUACCUUCGUUCACCAUUAGUCAUGGGCCUGUAUGUAGACAGAUCAUAUCACCUAUUCUGUCAGAUCGGGUAACAGGGGAACGUGUCAUCCAUCAACCUGACACAUCAUCUUCAUUAAGGGAAGCUGGUGCCUCACAGGCCCCCACCAGUCCACUGUCAGACAUAGUCCCUGGGUCUAGAAAUUCCAUCCAAAAUGACAUGUUGUCAAACAGAUCAAACUCUCUCAGUUUGAGCGAUGGUGGACAGGCCCAGGCUAAAGAGGUGAGACAGACAGAGGAAGAUGGUAACAGUUCUCUGAGGAGAGACACAGAUCUGUCCUGUGAGGCAGUCGGCUUCACUCUGGGUGAUGGGCAGCUGGGAGCAGGAUACCGUGAGAUAGUGGGGAACCAGACUGUCAGUCCUGUACAGAGUGACUCGGGCGUGUCCUGCUCAUCACAUUGUGAUCUGUUGUCUGAUGAAAGGAAAAUGGAGAAUGUGUUGAACGCUGUUCAGCCGCCAGCCAGCCAGCUAGUCAAGGAGUCAGACCAGAGAAUAUAUAGCUCAUCACUGAGAGAUUUGUCUAGUGAUGUAACAAGCACAAUGUCCGGCGUCGUGGGUGUCAAUGUGGAUAAAAUGGUAAUAAACAGUGAUGGAGUUUCAUCGUUUCACACUGUGCCACCUCAGCAACCACUAGUGAAGUCAGACAGGGAUAUUGGUGGAGAUAUCGAGCCCACAUCCUCUCAAAACAGGUACAGUCAGAGUAAGCCCACAGGUCAAAAAAAGACUCCAGUGCAGUUGACUAACUCCUCUGAUUUAGCUAUUGUAUCCAGUGUACUGAGCAUAGAAACACGCUGUGACAAUAAUGACAGCUAUGAUAUAGGUGAUCAAGAGCAGUUAAAAACUGCUUCCACCAAAGUGAUAUCUAGCAGAAUUACCCCUGAUCUGACACUGACUGAUAAACAUCUGUCAAAUUCAAACACUAAUGUUAAAGCUAAAGCUAAUGACAGGGUUGAAUCAAGCAGAGGUGGUGACAGUAAGCCAUCCUCAGGGAGACAAGAAGAUUCAUCUGAUGGUAGUCUCUCACAGAUUACUGAUCAAGCUGAUUCACCCACUUUGUCCAAGACAUCACAGACAGGACAGACAGGUACUGACAAACGUAAUUCAGGUGUGUCUGAUAAGUUGCCCGAUACAAGUUCGUCAUCAGCAUCAGAAAUGACCCCAGUGCAUCCAUUAAAGGCAACAGAGCCAGGUAUGAGAUCAGAUAUUAAACAAGAUGAAUGGGGUGCUGUUGAGAAUCAUCCCCAGCUGAUGGCUGCUAAUGUUCAACCAGACUCUUCCUCCAAUACAUCCUCAACAUCAGAAAUUACCUCAGAGCAUCCGGUAAAGUGUAAAGAGCCUGGCCUAGGAUCAGAUCUUACACAGGAUGGAAAUAGGCAAAAUCAAUGCAUUGCUGAUGAGAAUCAUACAGAUCUGAUGACUGUUGAUGUUCAACCAGACUCCAUGACACAUGAUAGUGUCCCUCCACCUGCGUCGGCCAUCUAUAGUGCUCUAAGGUCCGGUUUAGGUGAGCUGGUGAGAAUGAGAGUGCAGGGGGAAGAUGUCGAUGAAUUGCAAAAGGCUGAGACCCAAGCAGUGGAGGGCAUCAUCAACCUGAUACAGGACAAUCCACAGUCCCAUGGAAGAGGUUCUGGUGAUUUUGGUGAUGAGACAGAUGCAGCUUCUGGGCUUAUGAAAAGUAGUAGCCCAGAUCUCCUCAGGGAUCUGUUGAAGCAGGAGGCUCUCCGUUCAGGUAAAACUAGUCUGGAGGGAGGGAAACCACCCCAUGAAGAAACACCUCCAUCUGAUAUGACCCAGAUUCAGUCUCAGCUUCUGCAGGUUCUUCAAAGUGUAUCCUCAAGCCAAGACCCUGCCAUGCUCAGAGAUGUAAUAGGAGCCUUGAGCAGUAUUCUGGGGGGUGCUCCUGACGAGGACAGGCCACACAACCUGGAGAUCAUCCAGGAGGAGGGCUCGUCUGAUGAGGCUGAAGGUGCCGUGGCAGAUCCCAUGGAAGGUCUUGACCUAUAUCAAUCUACUGAGGUUGAAACCAUUUCAGACACAGGCAAUGCUGAAGCAGUUCAAUCUAAAGUCAGGCAACAGUACUCCACCCAGGAUUAUCUGGAGUGUGUUGGCAGACUUCAGGAUCAUGCAGAUGUUCUAGUGGAAAUCAGGAACGACCUGUCAUCCCCGCAGGGCUCUCUGAGUAACAACAUGGAGGAGUUACACAGUCAGCUGGAGGAAUCUCAGUUGUUGGAAACACAUCUGUCUACACUGGCUAGCUUUCUAACCAGAGAUCUGGACAUAGCCAAGCAGCUGUUAAAGUCUGCCAAUGAACUCAUUCCCACGUAUAUCCACCAAGAUCUGGCUUCAGCCUUUCGAGAGUUGCAGCCAGCUUUUGCAGACGUUUGCCAAAUGUCUGCAGAAAGGAAUUAUGUUCUAACGCAGGCUAUUGAUAAAGGAAAGGUCCAUUUGGAGUCAACAUACCAGGAGCUCCUCAGUACCCUUGAUCAACUAUCAGGCUGUAUUCAUGACAACUCUGAGAUUACCUGCAACCUCGGCAUCCUGAACACAUAUGACGUGGACACAGUGAAAGAAAUGAUCCAGAAGAAUAAGGACAUGGAGACUAACGUGUCAGGAACCAAGAGGCAUCUGGAGGACACUGCGUUUGACAUCCAGUACUUUAUCUCAGAGCAUGCCCAAUUCCUGAGACCGGCCCAGAGCAGGCACCUCCUCAAGUCUCUCAGCGCCACCCAGAGGUCAUUUAAGGAACAGAUGGAGAGGGUGGCCAAUCAGAGACGCACCCUGGAACUCCACCUGGAGAUCAGAGAGAACGAGAGUCAACAGAAGUGCUUGGUGGACAAACAGAAGGAGUUCUCAGACAAGCUGCAGGAGCUGUGUGACAACCUGACCAAUACAGAGAACCGUCUGAUAGGCCAUCAGCAGCAGGCCAAGAGUGUAGAGAGUGUGGAAGACCUGCAGCAGGUGCAGAAAGAGCAUCAGGCCUUGCAGAAAGACGUCCUGACCAACGGCAGUGCCUUGAAUGAGGUCAUCAGCAGCACCAAGAAGUUCCUGGAUGAGAACCGUUCUAAGCUAACCCCAGAUCAGAUCGCUGCCAUCGAGAGCAAGCUGGAGGAUGCCAAGAGCAAGGCCAAACUCAUCAACCAACGGGCCGAGGAGUCAAGGAAAGACCUUGAGAAGUCUGUGACCACUGCUAUCAAAGAGGAGACUAAGAAGGAGGCUGCUGUUGAGCAGCUUGAGGAGAGCAAGAACAAGAUCGAGGGUCUGCUGGACUGGAUCAACAAUAUAGGGAAUGAGAAAGGGAUGGGGGGCGAUCAGACAGACCAUAUGGGCAAACAGAACGGGAACAUGCCGUUGCCAUCGGAGACCUCAGCCAAGAACAUUCUGGGAGAGGAUGAUGACCCCAAUGGAAACAAUGGAAACGCUCUCCAGACUACAGAUAACGACACUGGAAGACAGGCCACAGAGAAGACCCCAGAACUGGACCUGGACAUGCAGUAUGAUAGGGUCAAGGCUCGUCACCAGGAGAUCCUGUCCCAGCAGAAGGACCUGAUCAUGGCCACCCAGUCAGCCCAGGCUCUGCUGGACCACCAGGCCCAUGACCUUUCAUCCACGGAGAAGGACAAGCUGCAGAUGGACAUCCAGGAGUUGAAGGGCCGGUACGACGCUUCCCUUACCCAGGCAGAACAGCAGAUGAAACAGGUGAUCCAGGUCCAGGAGGAGCUGAAGAAAUUCCAGGGAGACUGUGAGGAGUUUGAGGGCUGGCUGCAGCAGGCCGAGGGGGAGGUGGGGGAGCUGGGAGCCCCUGCUGGAGCUCUAAACAUCCUCACAGAGAAGCUCCAGAGACAGAAGAGCUUCUCUGAGGACGUCAUCUCCCACAAGGGGGACCUGCGGUUCAUCACCAUCUCAGGGCAGAAGGUGCUGGACGUGGCAAAAGCCUGCGGACGCAUGGACCCUGAGGGGAAAGAUGCCCAGCUGGAGGUGGAUACCACUGGAACCUGUGCUGCUGUGAAGGAGAAGCUGGACUCAGCUGCUAGCCGCUACAAAGCCCUGCACUCUCAGUGCAAUGAGCUUGGCAACAACCUCAAAGACGUGGUGGACAAGUACAAGAAGUACGAGGACUCGACCGCUGGUCUCCUGAAGUGGCUCAACAACUCAGAGGAGGAGGCCAGAAGGCAACAGUCUGAGGCCAUCGCUGCCGACCCUCAAACCCUACAGAAACAGCUGGAGGACACCAAGGCUCUGCAAGGUCAGACUACUGGUCAUCAGACUGCUAUGGAGACACUCCGCAAAACAGCUGACUCUCUGGUCACCGCCGAGGGGGACCUGUUGACCAAUCAGGACGAGAUCCAGGAGACAGUAGAUGAUAUUGUGGAAAGGUAUGACAACGUGUCCAAGUCAGUGAGUGAUCGUAAUGAGAAGCUUCAGAUCACCCUGACCCGCUCCCUGAGCGUCCAGGAUGGCCUGGAUGAGAUGAUGAGCUGGAUGGAGGGAGUAGAGAAGAGUGUGAAGGAGAAAGGUCAAGUCCCUCUGGAUUCUGCAGUCAUUGGAGAUGUGCUCAGCAAAGAGGCAGCUCUGGAGCAGGAUAUUUCAAGUCGCCAGAGUAGCAUCUCUGCCAUGAAGGCCAAGGUGAAGAAGUUUGUGGAGACAGCUGACCCCGCCGCCGCGGCUCUGCUGCAGUCCAAAAUGGACACCCUGUCGCAGCGCUUCUCUGACACCUGUGACAAGCACAAGCAGAAGGUGGGCCAGCUGGAGCAGUUGAAGGACAAGGUGGAGGAGUUCGAGAAGACCUCAGACAAGGUGCAGCAGUUUGUGCUCAAGCGCUCGCAGGCCCUCUCCGAAACAGACGGGCCGGGGAAAAAUGUAAACGAGCUCUCGCAGCUCAUGCAGGACACUAACACUGAGUUGGCUGAACAUGACAAGGAUGUGGAAAUGCUGCAAAAGCUGUCAAAGGAGCUGUCCAAUAUGGGUCCAGAGGGAAGCAUGGCCCAGAUUCAGGGCAAGAUGGACAACCUCUCCAACACCUUCAAUGCCUUCAAAGACACUGUGAAAGAGAAAGAGGAGGAGGUGUCUUCCUGCCAGAACCAGCUGGGAGACUUCAGGGAUGCAGCCGGAGCUCUCAGGACGUGGCUGGAGGAGACAACAGAGAAAGUCCCUGUGGUUCAGCCAACCAGCAGUGAACAGAGUCUAUUGAAGGACCUGCAGAGAGUCAAUGCUCUAAUGGAGGAAUGGACAACCAAAGGUUCUGCCAUCCAAGAUAUAAAUAGCAAAGGAUCUGCGCUAUGUAGCCUCAUCAGUGUUCUCACAUCUCCAGCCAAGACCAAGAUGUCACACAAGUCAGCUGUUACUAACGGUGGUGGCCCCAGAAACCAUGCCUACCUAACCAAUAAAGAGCUGAUGGUGGUACAGCAGAACAUGUCGUAUAUCAACAAGGGCCAUGAGAGCCUGGGAGAGCUACUGAAGGACCGGGCUGCAGAGCUCUCUGGCCUGGUGCAAAAGGUGACAGAGGCCCAGAAGGAGACAGACGCCAUGAUAACAUGGCUGAAGGACAUGAAGAAGACAGCAGCAUCCUGGAACUCUGCGUCCACAGAGAAAGAUGACAUGAAAACACAACUGGAGCAACAGAAGGCCUUUGAGGAGGACAUGAAACAAAAGCGUGAGCAGCUCCAGAAGCUGAGAGAGAAGCUCCUCCACUUGAUUGAGAAUCACCCAGACUCUCCUGAAGCAGCAAAAUGGAAGCAGAUGCUGGCACAGAUAGAUGCUGCCUGGGCGGAUGUAAGUGGGUCGGUGGAGGACAGGAAGCAGCACCUGAGGGAGUCCAACAGGAACCUGGACGUGUUCCAGACCACUGAGCCGCAGCUCCGCCAGUGGCUCUCAGAGAAGGAGAUGAUGCUCAGUGUCCUGGGGCCCCUCUCCAUGGACCCCAACAUGCUCAACACACAGAGGCAGCAAGUCCAGAUCCUCCUGAACGAAUUUGACAGUCGUAAGCCACAGUAUGACCAGCUUAAUGAGGCAGCUGCUGCUAUCCUGAGCACAUCAGGCAAGCAGAACCCCUCCUCUGGUGGGAAGGUGGUGAAGGACCAACUGGCCGCCGUCACCCAGAAAUGGCAGGGCCUGACUGGGCAGCUGGGACAGCGAGCCGGCCUCAUUGACCAGGCCGUGGGGAAGACGGGCCAGUUCCAGGAUCUGCUGAGGAGCCUGAGCCAGAGCGCCGCCUCACUGGAGACCCAGCUCAACAGCCAGCAGGCCCUUAGCAGUCAGCCUGACGUAGUGAAGAAGCAGCUGGAGGAGGCUAACACCAUCUCUGGCCAGCUGAGGGAGGAGAGGAAGAGACUGAAAGAGGCUGUGACCCUCUGCUCAGAGCUCUCUGCCCUGGUCACAGAGGACUACCUGAAAACAGAUUUAGCCAGGCAGCUGGAGGUGGUCACCAAGCCCUUCCAACAGUUGGAGGACAAAGCAGGGAAGCGGAUCCAGCAGCUGAACUCGGCCUUCGCCAGCUCCCAGCAGUUCCACCAGACCUCCAAAGACUUCCAGGGGUGGAUGAACGAGACGCUCCAGGAGCAGUCUAAACCCCAGGCAAUCUCGGCCCAGGUGGAGACCCUCCGGCAGAGCCUGAAAGAGCACAGUGCCCUGCAGAAGGCCCUCAGUGAACAUGAGGAACCAUACAGCACCAUCGUCAGGGAGGGAGAGACCCUCCUCCAGAACACAGAUGGGGCAGAGAAGGUGGCGCUGCAGGGCCAGCUGGCCGUAUUGCGUUCCAGUUGGGACGACGUGAAGAAGAGCUCAGCCGAGCACCAGGAUAAGCUGCAGGGGGCGCUACAGAGGGCCCAGAAGUACCACGAGCAUGCUGAGAAGCUCCAGUCCUGGGUCCAGGAGAGUGAUGUCAGGGAGGGUAGCGUCAGGCUCAGCGUGGACCCAGCGGAGUUGGAGAGCUCCAUCUCCCAGCUGAAGGCCAUCCAGAAGGACGUGGACAAACACAGAGGCCUGGUGGAGCAGCUGAACACUGCAGCCGACAGCCUCCUGGAGGUGGCCAAUACAGAUACAGAGGCCGUCAGGGAGGAGAAGGCGGCCAUCGGGCAGAAUGUGGACCGGGUCACAGAGAGGGUCCAGAACAAGAGGGAGUCUCUGGAGAAGAUCUCACAGAGGCUGAAGGAGUUCAACGACACCCACAAAGAGGCCAAGGGCCAGCUCGAAGGGGCUAAGAAGCAGCUUGUCGCCUACUCAUCACUGGGGGUCCAGGCCUACAGCAACAAGAACCUGACCAACAUGAAGGCCCAACAGAAGAACCUCGAUGGGGUCAACAUCCAGGUGGAGCACCUGAAGAGCCUUGCCCAGGGCCUGGUGGCCGACGUCCCCGAAGCAGACGGGGUGACAGAUUUCCUCCUUCAGGCCGACAGCCUGGAGAAAGAGUAUGGCUCCCUCAGGAAGGAUGUAGGGAAGACCUGCUCCACCUUGGAGGGCAAGCUGCAGGGCAUCGGGCAGUUCCAGACCAACAUCCGUGAAAUGUUCACCCGCUUCGCAGACCUAGAUGAUGAGCUUGACAGCAUGGUUCCUGUGGGCCGCGACCUGGCCAUUCUGAAUGAGCAGCAGGGCGGCAUCAAGGCUUUUGUGGAGAAACUGCAGGAGCUGAUGGCCGACACGGCUCGAGGAGGGGACAGAUGUAAGAAGAUGCUGGAAACUGAGGCCUCCCCAGACCUUCUGGGGCUGAAGAGAGACCUGGAUGUUCUAAGUAAGCAGUGUGGCAAGCUGAUGGACAGAGCCAAAGGGAGAGAGGAACAGGUGGGGAGCACACUCACCCGUCUGGAUGAGCUUUACUCCAAGCUACAGCAAUUCACUAACAAACUGGGCGGUGCCGAGGUCAAGGAGGAGAGUCAAGGGUCAGUUGGCAUGGAGACAGAUGUCAUCAACCAACAGCUGGAAGCUUUCAAGGUAUUCCAGAAAGAGGAGGUUGAUCCACUAAAGACGCAGUUGCAAGACAUCAACUGGCUGGGCCAGGGCCUAAUUCAGAACGCUGCCAAAGGUACCAGCACCAAGGGUCUUGAACAUGACCUGGAGGAUGGCAACACUCGAUGGAACACUCUCAACAAAAAGAUUGCUGAGCGGUCAGCGCAGCUGCACGAGGCCCUAUUGCAUUGUGGGAGGUUCCAGGAUGCUCUGGAGUCCCUGCUCAGCUGGCUGACGGACACGGAGCAGCUGGUGUCCAAUCAGAAACCUCCCUCUGCUGAGUUCAAAGUCGUCAAGGCACAGAUACAGGAGCAGAUACUCCUCCAGAGGCUGUUGGAUGACCGUAGGCCUACGGUGGAGCUGAUUAAGAAGGAGGGAGGCAAGGUUGCGGAGCUGGGAGCAGAGUCUGUGGACAAGGAGAAGGUUGGGAAGGAGAUUGAGUGCCUGGGGCAGAGGUGGGAUGCUUUGCUGAAGAAGGCUGAGAACAGGCACAAACAGCUGAAGAGUAUUCUAGUUGUGGCUCAGCAGUUCCAUGAGACACUGGAGCCUCUGUCUGAGUGGCUCUCUGCCACAGAGAAACGAUUGGCCAAAUCUGAACCCAUCGGCACACAGACCUCCAAGCUGGAAGAGCAGAUCUCCCAGCACAAGGCCUUAGAGGAGGAGAUAAUGUGUCACAGUAAAGACCUGGUUCAGGCCGUCAGCCUGGGUCAGAUGCUCAAGCCGGUCAGCUCAGUGGACGAUAAGGAGCUGGUGCAGUCUAAGCUGGACUUCACCCAAGCCAGUUACAUAGAGCUGCAGGAGCGCUGUAGGAGAAAGGCAGAGAUGUUGCAGCAGGCUCUGGCCAAUGCCCAGCUCUUUGGAGAGGACGAGGUGGCCCUCAUGAACUGGCUCAACGAAGUGCACACUAGGCUGAGCGAAGUGUCCGUCAAAGACUACAAGACGGACGUUCUUGAAAAGCAGUGUGCAGAACAACUGGCGCUACAUGAAGACAUUGAGUUGAGGAAGCAGAAUGUUGAUCAAGCCAUUUCCAAUGGAUUGGAGCUGCUGAAACAAACGACAGGUGAUGAGGUGGUUGUCAUCCAAGGCAAGCUGGACGGGAUAAAGACGAGAUAUGCUGAGAUCAACUCCAUGAGUGGGAACGUGUCUAAGACCCUGGACCAGGCCCUGACCCUGGCCUCCAAGCUUCAGCACACCCAUGAAGACCUCAGCUCCUGGCUGAAGAAUGUCGAGGCUGAGCUCACUGCCUUCGUUGCUCAGGAGCCUGUAGGAGAGCAGCUCAUCCAGGCACAAGACAGGCAGAAGGCGUUGUUGAAAGAGGCCAGGGAUCACAAGCCCCAGGUGGACAAACUGAACGAGGUGAGCAGCUCUCUGCUGGAGCUGGUCCCAUGGAGGGCCCGGGAGGGCCUGGACAAGCUGGUGACAGAGGACAACGACCGCUACAAGGCCGCCAGUGACACCAUCGCACGGCAUGUGGAGCAGAUCAAUGCCGCCAUAUUGAAAUCACAGCAGUUUGAACAAGCAGCUGACACUUUGCUGGCCUGGCUCACUGAAGCAGAGAGGAAGAUGUUGUCAUUGGGGGAGAUCAGGCUGGAACAGGACCAGACCACAGCCCAGCUCCAGUCCCAGAAGGGCUUCUCCAUGGACAUCAUGAGACACAAGGAUGCUGUGGAUGAGAUUGUGAAAACAGGCGAGGCCAUCAUGAACAUCAAGGAUGAGGAGGAAAAGCAAGCCUUGAAGGUCAAGAUCCAAGCCCUCCUGGAGAAGUACGGUGUGGUCAGUCAGCUGAACUCGGAGCGCUGCCUGCAGCUGGAGCGAGCCCAGUCUCUGGCCAGCCAGUUCUGGGAGACUUACGAGGAGCUGUGGCCCUGGCUCCAGGAGACCCGCACCAGCUUCAGCCAGCUCCCACUGCUGGCCAUUGAGUACGAAGCUCUCCGACAGCAACAGGAAGAGCUCAGGCAAAUGCGAGAGCUGAUUGCAGAGCACAAGCCCCACAUCGACAAGAUGAACAAGACGGGUCCCCAGCUUCUAGAGCUGAGUCCUGUGGAGGGGAUCCCUAUCAGGGAGAAGUACACAGCCACAGACCAGCUGUACGCCCAGCUCAAAGCUGAUGUCAAACAGAGGGCUGCCACAUUGGAUGAGGCCAUCUCCAAAUCCACACAGUUCCAUGACAAGAUCGAGCCCAUGCUGGAGUCCCUGGAGCGGAUCGCUGAGCGCCUUCGUCAGCCUCCCUCCAUCUCUGUGGAGGUGGAGAAGAUCAGGGAGCAGAUCACAGAGAACAAGGCUAUGUCCGUGGACCUGGAGAAACUGCAGCCUUCCUACGACACGCUCAAGCAGCGCGGAGAGGAGAUGAUCGCUCGCUCAGCGGGAGCUGACAAGGACAUAUCUGCUAAAGCUGUGCAAGACAAGCUGGACCAGAUGGUGUUCACCUGGAAUGAGAUCCAUGCCCUGAUGGAGGAGAGGGAGGCCAAGCUGCUGGAUGUAAUGGACCUGGCAGACAAGUUCUGGUGUGACCACUGUGCCCUCAUCGUUACCAUCAAGGACACCCAGGACCUGCUGAGGGAGCGGGAGGAGCCUGGAGUCGACCCCUCUGUGGUGAAACAGCAGCAGGAGUCUCUGGAGAGCUUCAAGGAGGAGAUUGACGGGCUUCAGGAGGAGCUUGAUGUGGUGCGGAACUUGGGGGCGGAGCUUAUGGCUGCCUGUGGCGAACCAGAUAAGCCAGUCAUAAAGAAGAGUAUUGAUGAGGUGAACUCGGCAUGGGAGACUCUGAACAAGGCGUGGAAGGAGAGAGUGGACAGACUGGAUGAGGCCAUGCAGGCUGCUGUGCAGUUCCAGGAUGGCCUGCAGGGUAUGUUUGACUGGGUGGAUAUCGUGGAGCACAAACUGGAUUCUAUGUCACCUGUGGGCACAGACCUGGACACUGUCAAGCAGCAGAUUGAAGAACUCAAGGAGUUCAAAGGUGAGGCGUAUCAGCUGCAGAUGGAGAUGGAGCGUCUGAACCACCAGGCGGGCCUGCUGCUGAAGAAGGUGACGGAGGAGUACGACCGCUGUGCCAUCCAAGAGCCCAUGACCGAGCUCAAAAUGCUCUGGGACAACCUGGACGAAAAUAUAAUCAACAGACAGCACAAACUAGAGGGAGCGCUGUUGGCUCUGGGGCAGUUUCAGCAUGCGCUGGACGAGCUUCUGGCCUGGAUGAGCAACACAGAAGAGCUGCUAAACGAGCAGAGGAAGGCUGCAGGAGACCCCAAAGCCAUCGAGAUCGAGCUCGCCAAGCACCACGUCCUCCAGAACGAUGUGUUGGCCCAUAAGACCACAGUGGAGGCGGUCAACAAGGCUGGUACUGACUUGGUGGAGUCCACCUCUGGAGAGGAAGCCUCUGGACUGCAGAGCAAACUGGAGAACCUCACCCAGCGCUGGAAGAACAUCCUGGAGAAGACAGAGCAGAGGAGACACCAGCUUGACAGUGCUCUGCUUCAGGCCCAAGGUUUCCAUGGCGAGAUCGAAGACAUGCAGCAAUGGCUGAAAGACACAGAGCGUCAGCUGUUAGCAUCAAAGGCUGUGGGAGGCUUACCAGACACGGCCCGCGAGCAGCUUAACGCCCAUCUGGAGUUAUGUUCUACAUUGGAGGCCAAGGAGGAGCUUUACCAGGAGCUGAUGAACAAAGGUCAGCAGCUGCUCACCAUGAGCCCCUCCGGCCAGGACAGCAACACAGAGCAGGACCUCAGGAACCUGCAGGACAAGAGGGAGUCGGUACAGGUCAAGGUGGCUGAGAGAAAGGUGAAACUGGAGGAGGCCUUGACUCUGGCCACAGAGUUCCAUAACUCUCUCCAGGACUUCAUCAACUGGCUGACCCAAGCUGAACAGACUCUCACUAUGUCCUCUCCUGCCUCCCUCAUCCUGGAAAACAUAAUGUUCCAGAUAGAUGAGCACAAGGUGUUUGUGACAGAGGUGAACUCCCACAGGGAGCAGAUCAUUGAGCUGGAUAAGACAGGGACCCACCUGAAGUACUUCAGCCAGAAGCAGGACGUGGUACUGAUCAAGAACCUGCUGAUCAGUGUGCAGGGCCGCUGGGAGAAGGUGGUGCAGAGGUCUGUGGAGAGGGGCCGUCUGCUGGAUGAUGCCAGGAAGAGGGCCAAACAGUUCCACGAAACCUGGAACAAGCUGACGGAAUGGUUGGACGAGUCGGAGAAGGCCUUGGACUCUGAGCUGGAAAUCGCCAACGACCCUGACAAGAUCAAGAUGCAGCUGGCCCAGCACAAGGAGUUCCAGAAGGCGCUGGGGAGCAAGCACUCAGUGUAUGACACCACCAGUCGUACAGGACGCGCCCUGAAGGACAAAACGUCACUGCAGGACGACAACCAGAAGCUGGAUGACAUGCUGAGUGAACUUAGGGACAAGUGGGACACUGUCUGUGGCAAGUCAGUCGAGAGGCAAAACAAGCUUGAGGAGGCGCUGCUGUUCUCUGGUCAGUUUACUGAUGCCCUGCAGGCCCUGAUUGACUGGCUGUACAGAGUGGAACCUCAGCUGGCAGAGGACCAGCCGGUACAUGGCGAUAUAGACCUCGUCCUCAAUCUCAUUGACAGUCACAAGGUGUUCCAGAAGGAGCUGGGGAAGAGGACGGGGAGCGUUGCGGCCCUGAAGCGUUCGGCUAAGGACCUGAUUGAGAGCAGCCAUGAAGACUCAUCCUGGGUUAAAGCUCAGAUGCAGGAGCUGAGCGCUCGCUGGGAGACUGUGUGCGCCCGCUCAGUAUCUAAACAGACCCGGCUGGAACAGGCGUUGUGUCAGGCUGAGGAGUUCCACUCUACGGUCCAUAUCCUGCUGGAGUGGCUGGCCGAGGCCGAGCAGAGCCUCCGUUUCCAUGGCACCCUGCCCGACGACGAGGAGGCCCUCAGGGCUCUUAUCGAGCAGCACAAGGAGUUUAUGAAGAAGCAGGAGGAGAAGAGAGUAGGCCUGAACAAAGCCACCAGUAUGGGGGAGGCCAUCUUGACCAUCUGCCAUCCAGAUUCUAUCACCACCAUCAAACACUGGAACACCAUCAUUAAAGCCCGCUUCGAGGAGGUCCAAGCGUGGGCACGGCAGCACCAGCAGCGCCUGGCCAUGGCCCUCAGUGAUCUGCUGGCCACUCAGGAGCUGCUGGAGGGUCUGCUGGGCUGGCUGCAGUGGGCUGAGGCAACACUCAACGACAAGGACAAGGAGGUCCUGCCUCAGGAGAUAGACGAGGUCAAAGCCCUCAUCGCUGAACACCAGACAUUCAUGGAGGAAAUGACCAGGAAGCAACCAGAUGUUGACACGAUCACCAAGACACACAAAAGAAAGGCUGCGGGUGGUAGCGAGCCUGCCAUCCAGUCCCAAAUCCCUGUCCUGGAGAAAGGAAGAGGUGGAAGAAAGCGUUCUCCCACACAAGCCAUGUACCCGUCAGCGUCACAGCCUCCCAUAGAGACCAAGAACCCCAGGGUCAACCUGUUGGUCAGCAAGUGGCAGCAGGUGUGGCUACUGGCCCUGGACAGGAGGAGGAAACUCAAUGAUGCCAUGGACAGACUUGAGGAGCUGAAGGAAUUUGCCAACUUUGACUUUGAUGUGUGGCGGAAGCGCUACAUGCGAUGGAUGAACCAUAAGAAGUCACGUGUCAUGGACUUUUUCAGACGCAUUGACAAGGACCAGGAUGGAAAGGUCACCAGACAGGAGUUCAUUGAAGGCAUCCUCUCCUCCAAAUUCCCUACCAGUCGGCUGGAGAUGAGUGCGGUGGCAGACAUAUUUGACCGGGAUGGUGACGGCUACAUCGACUACUAUGAGUUUGUGGCUGCCCUUCACCCCAACAAAGAGGCAUACAAACCCCUCACAGAUGCAGACAAAAUUGAAGAUGAGGUUACACGCCAAGUGGCAAAAUGCAAGUGUCCUAAACGAUUCCAAGUUGAGCAAAUUGGUGCCAACAAAUACAGGUUCUACCUUGGAAACCAGUUUGGUCUGGUUCACUGCUUACAUGACGAUGAGAUAAUAGCAAACAGGGACAGUCUAAAUCUAACCCCCCACCUACACGUUGCGGUUUUGGAAAGCUGUAUUCUGUUUGGAGACUCCCAGCAGCUGCGUCUGGUGCGGAUCCUGCGGAGCACUGUGAUGGUGCGCGUUGGUGGAGGCUGGAUGGCUCUGGAUGAGUUCCUUGUAAAGAACGACCCGUGUCGAGUUCAUCACCACGGGAGUAAAAUGUUGCGCUCGGAAUCAAACUCUUCAAUUACUCAGUCUCCUAUAGGUUGGCAACAAAUCUCACACUUUCUCACCUUGCUCCAUGAACCCCCAAGUGCCAAAGGCAGGACAAACAUGGAGCUGCGCGAAAAGUUCAUCCUCCCAGAAGGCACCACUCAGGUGAUGGCCAGCUUCCGGUAUAGAGGUCGUAGGUCGCGGCCGUCGUCACGGGCUGCCUCUCCCAACAGGUCAAACUCUAGCCAUAGCUGUCCAGCCCAGCAUAAUAACCCAGCCUUGCCCAGCACACCCAAGACUCCCCAACACAUAACCCGCAAUUAUGAUAAACCCUGGCUGACAAACAGCAAACCCUCCACUCCUCUUAAAUCAUCAGACUCCUUUGAGAGCCAAGGUUCAUCCUCCGAGAGCACUCCGAUACAGGGAAGCAAACUGCGGCUCCCUGGAUACUUGUCAGGAAAAGGGUUCCAGUCGGGAGAAGAGCAGGGAACCCUGAUCAAUGCUGCUGUGAUGAAAGCACGGGGACAGGCGAUAGGGUUUGAAUCGAGAAGGCCUGGCAGCCGACCUGGAAGUAAAGCAGGCAGCCGAGGGAGCAGCCGGAGGGGAAGCGACGCUUCAGACUUCGACAUCUCGGAUAUCGCAUCGGUGUGCUCUGACACAUCGGAGACGGUGGGGGACACCAGUCGGGCCACACCCCGCUCGUCGUCACGUCAACAAGGAGGCAAGCCCUCCAAAAUCCCCACUCCUCAAAGAAGGUCGACCCCCAGCAAACUGGCCAAGACCUCCAAGAGAUAGUCAGCGGUCUUGAGACAACCACAGGAGCCACGUUGGCCCAAAGUGACAAUAGAGACUGGCGUGUUGAUUAUUUGUUGAUUAUUUAAAGUGUUGUGAAGAUGUAAAAUAUUCUGUUGAGAUAGAAAAAAAUGUUAUUGUUAAGUGAGAAUGGAAUGCCAAUGGCCUUGUGUUUGUCUUAAUGUAUUUUAUUUUAUGUGAAUAAUGUCAAAUUAUUAUGAUUAUUUUAUUUUAUUGACGCUAAACCUGAAGAGGUUAAAAAAACUGAAAAGAAAAAAAAUACAUGGAAAAGACUACAGUGUAUGGUCAACUAACAAUUUGACACACUAAUGAAUGGUAACACACAGCAUUGUACUCUGAGAGAGUUACUGAAUGUUCUGUAUGCUGACAUACGUGUGACAGACAGUGCAUCACGCUACCCUGUGGGACACCUCAAUUAUCUAUUAUGUAUUUAAAGUGCAAUGAUGUACUGCCAAAAUGCAUUUAAAGGGAAAGACAAUAUACACGUAGCCUACCACAUAGUAAACACUGCAAAUAAUUAUGUUCUGACUGAGAAGACUGUUGAAGGCAAGUUCACGCAGAAAUCCCUCAAUAUCCAGGCUUUAAAGUACUCCACCUUACCUUAGGUAGUACUGUUUUGUUUGGUGAACUUACAGCGAUGUGUGCCAUUUUACCUUGAACAUUGGCCUCCCCGGGCCCUGAGUAGACAUUCUUUAGUGCAUUCAUCAUGUCAGUGUAUGGUUCAUUUUGCUAGAGUGGAAAGGAUCGCUGUUAACGUUUUGUAAUAAAUCUGCUAGCAGAAAGCUACCAUGGUAUACUGA